GUCCUCCGGUAGUCAUGGGAAAAGUACUGUUUUUGACGGCUCUGGCCCUGCUGCUGCACGCGCAGCUUGGCUCAUCCUUCAUACUGUCAUGCUACUUCACAAACUGGGCGCAGUACAGACCACCUCCAACCAUUUUUAUGCCCAAUGACAUCGACCCAUGCCUCUGUACUCAUCUUCUGUAUGCCUUCGCCACCAUAAAGAACAACCAGCUGGCCACCUAUGAGUGGAAUGAUGUGGAGCUUUACGGUCAGUUCAAUGCCCUGAAGAACAAGAAUGGCAACCUGAAGACUCUUCUGUCUGUCGGAGGAUGGAACUUCGGCUCUACAGGCUUUUCACAAAUGGUGUUGAGCCCUGCUAACCGCCAGACCUUCAUCAACUCAGUCAUUUCAUUCCUGAGGAAGUAUGAGUUUGAUGGGCUUGACAUUGACUGGGAGUAUCCAGCCAACAGAGGAGGCUCUUCUCAGGAUAAGCAGUACUACUCUGUUUUCCUGGAGGAGAUGAGGGCUGCCUUUGAGAAUGAGGCCAAGCAGAGCAACAAGGCUCGUCUUCUGAUGUCUGCUGCUGUGUCGGCUGGAAAGGACACCAUUGAGUCUGCUUAUCAGAUUCCCAAGCUCGGCCAGGCCCUUGAUAUGAUCAAUGUCAUGACAUAUGACUUCCAUGGCUCUUGGGAUCCCAUGACUGGCGAGUGCAGUCCCCUGUUCAGAGGCCCAGAGGACCAGGGUGGUUUCAUCUAUUUCAAUGUGGAUUAUGCCAUGAACUACUGGAAGAGCCAGGGAGCCCCAGCUGAGAAGCUGAUUGUUGGUUUCCCUACAUAUGGCAACACAUUCACUCUUAGGAACCCUGCAAACCAUGGUGUUGGAGCACCUAUUGCUGGUGCUGGAACUCCAGGAAAGUACACACAAGAGGCUGGAGAACUCGCUUACUUUGAGAUCUGUGGCUUUUUGAAAGAUGGAGCAACUGAGGUUUGGAACCAGGCCCAGGAUGUGCCAUAUGCCUACAAGGGAAACCAGUGGGUGGGCUAUGACAACCCCAAGAGCUUCCAGCUCAAGGUUGACUGGCUGACAAAGAGUAACUUUGGAGGCGCCAUGGUGUGGACCCUUGACAUGGAUGACUACCUGGGCACUUUCUGUAACCAGGGAAAAUACCCACUGAUUAAUGUUCUCAAAAAGGGCCUUAAUCUGGAACAAGCAUCCUGUGCCCCACCUGCCACUCCCCUUCCACCAAUCGCAGGAAUGAGCACAACUAGCGGAGGAAGCUCUAGCGGAGGCUCCAGUGGUGGCAGCUCCUCUGGUGGCGACUCAGGCACCAGUGGCAUGAACAGUGGGUUCUGUGCUGGAAAGGCCAAUGGCAUGUACCCUAACCCAACAAACAAGAACCAAUUCUACAACUGCAGCAGGGGCCAGACCUACCUUGAUCACUGUGCUUCUGGUUUGGUCUUUGACAGCUCCUGUUCUUGUUGCAACUGGUCUUAAAGUUGAAGUUAUAGAUUGACCGGUUAACUGUUCAAAGGCUGGAUAACUCUGUUUUACAUUUGUUCUUUGUUCUCAGGGGGCCAACUUCUCUAAGUACAAAGUCCAUCCUUCUGCAUUGGAUGUUUAACAAUGUAAAACCCGAGGCUUUCCUCUUGAGUAGUUAAUUAAAAGCAAAGAAAAUAAACAUUAAA